GCCACUGGGUCGUGGGGCCUGUUCAUGUUGGACCCAGCGGGCUGGAGGCCACUGCUCCAGCCGUCAUUCGGCUCCAGCGCGUUCUCCACGAGGGCGCCUUCCCGAGCAGGUCGACCGCCCCAUGGAGCCGGCUCGACGGCGGGGAGUUGGUCGAGGACCCGAACAUCCGAGUGAGCGAGAUUGCUGGAGUCCAGCCGCUGCUCAAGUCCCUCGAGGCGCGCUGGCUCCGGGAGGGCGAGGAGGCGAGACGCCUGAAG